AUGAUUCAAACAUCCGAGAGUCACCUCUGGGAGGUAAUCGAAAAGAUUACCGGCCAGGGAACGGUGGAACGAGUGAAGAAGCUACGGGACUUUGCAUUUGUCCAUUUUACGACACGAGAAGCAGCUCUUCAAGCAAAGGGCGUACUGGACGGUAAAACCGACAGUGGAUACCGAAUGGUGCGCAAUGCCUCCGGCAUUAAAAACAUGAGUUUAAGGUCCAUGGGGGUCAACAACAGCUGCGGAAGUCGUAGAAGUACCGAAGAGAUGAAGUUCAAGGAUUUGUCCACGGUUUCCGUUGUUCCGACGGCCGUGCAGCAACCGUCCGGAGUCCUGCUUGUGCCUAGUGCGUUGGCUAUGCCUAAGACUGCUUCGCUUACGUUGGCAGCCAGUUCGCUACCGACAGCUCCAUUGGUCACUCCGGUCGUGCCACCAUUCGCUACACCUGCGUCCAACAUGCACGUACUGUACGGUUUUUGUCAGCUGCUAGAAGACUACUGUGAGCAAAGCAACUGGGGUGCCCCUCAGUACCAGCUGGUAACGACGUUGAGUAAAUCGAGCAGCGGCCAGGACUUGCCUCUUUAUGCUUACAAGCUGGUUAUACCGUCGCUGAUCCAGUCGUAUGGCAGUUUCCAGGCGAACAAACUUUUUAUUGAUGCUCAGGAAGCAAAGGAAUUCGUAGCAUACGUCGCACUGUUGCAGUUAGGCAUCCCAUUUUCUACUUGUGCCGCUUGCUUUGCUAAACAGCUUAAGAUCUCUCUCAGUGCAAACUCAUUUAUAGUUCAAGAUUUGGCAAAUGUCAGCAGCAGUCCAUUUCCGGUGCUGACAAUGCCAGCGCUGAACGCCAGCAGUCCGAGCAGUGAUUCGGGAGUCAGCGCAUCAUCUGUCAACGGAGCCUUACUCGACGGACAUCAGGCGGUACUCUGCCAGGAAAUGGCAUCGAUGCAGCACCCGACUACCAAAUGCAUACCUCAAGCUGUGUCCUCAAGCGGACUCCUUCACUGCGCGCCACCGCCAUUUCAGCAGGUAGUCCUUCAGCCACAGACAGAGGCCGACCCCACCGAAAAAGUCAUCCGCGCAAACGAUUGGAUUCCUAGUCCUACAGCAUCGUCUCUGACCACCUGCUCUGCUGUAUUUCUGAACUACGGCUAA